AGCCUCAUCUGGUGUCAGUGUCAGGCUGUUUGUGUUUGAUUCUUCACACCUUUGCUAGUUAACCCUAGUUAACAUGGCUUGGAAACCAUUGAAGUUUCUCCAUCCGUCCUUCCCAAACACAAACGUUGAUUGGUUGUGAUUAUUAAAUGCACAGUAUUGGAUGGAAAAUGCAACAAUCAGUCAAACAGUCAUCCUUCCUGUCGCCGCAGCUGUUGAUCCGGACGCAGCUCGCUGCGGAGGGCGAGGGAUUUUGUUUUUUCGGAAACUUGCGAGCGUUUCGAAAUGAGCUGAUGCUGAUGGGAGCGAGGGGCACGUGGGCGACGGGGGGAGGCGUGUCAAACACCUUCUACACAAGACAGGAAGACGAAGGGAGAGAUAGAAAGAAGAAAGAGAGGAAGAAAGAGGUCGAGAUCCCCACCGGAGAGCGUCGAACCCGAAACUUGUUGAAAGAAGCAGGAGAGUGUGUUCAGAGACGGACAGACGGAUGCUAUGACACAGACAGCAGUGCAGCUCCUGUCCACGGCGCCCUGCUUCAUGAAGGGCCGAACGGUGGCGAUGUCUCCAGGAGAGGACGGUCUAAUCGGGAUCCCCUUCCCGGAGCACAGUAACGAGUUGCUGUCCCGUCUCAAUGCCCAGCGGAGGACCGGGCUGCUCUGUGACCUCACGCUGACCUCACGCGGAGCACGCUACCCCACGCACCGCUCCGUCAUGGCUGCGGUCAGCCUGUACUUCCGGCGUCUGUUCGGUGCGGAGGAGGGCGAGGAGGGCGAGGAGGGCGUGGGCCACAGCUGCAGCGUCUGCCAGCUGGACUGUGUGUCUCCUGAUGCUCUGGCCGCGCUGCUGGAGUUCGCCUACACCGCCACGCUGACCAUCCGCAGCUCGGGCAUGCGUGAGGUCCUGAAGGGCGCGCAGCUGCUGGGGAUCCAGUGUGUGGCGGACGCCUGCCGAGACAUCCUGGGCGAGACGGGUAGAGACGGAACCAUUACUGAGACGGGCGAGGAUCCGGCGGAGGAGGCUGAGCGACCGCCGUCCCGACGCAAGCAGGACCGGUGCUCCGUGGCCCGGGCCGUGUCCCCCGUGAGGCCGGUGUGGAGGAGUCCCACGGCACCAGAUACACCUGAAAGCGGGCUGCUUCCCGCACAAGGACCCCCCGGGCUGCUGCUGAACGGAGGCUCGCACUGGCCGCAGGAGUUCACACACAGACCCGAAGACACGCCCUCAGAGGAGGAGGAGUCAGCAGCACAGGGGCAGGCCACUCCCCAGCUCGGCCAAUCACAGGGCGACGGAGCAGGGGGCGGAGCAACGGCCGGAAACGGCAGGAAGAGGAAGUCUCAGAUGCCUCAGCAGUGUCCCGUCUGUCAGAAGAUCAUCCACGGGGCGGGAAAGCUGCCGCGGCACAUGAGAACACACACCGGAGAGAAACCGUUCCAGUGCUCGGCCUGCGGCGUCCGCUUCACACGGAACGACAAGCUGAAGAUCCACAUGCGGAAGCACACGGGCGAGCGGCCGUAUCCGUGUCCCAGCUGCCCCGCGCGCUUCCUGCACUCCUACGACCUGAAGAACCAUCUCUCUCUGCACAGCGGCGACCGGCCCUUCGAGUGUCCACUCUGCCACAAGGCUUUCGCCCGCGAGGACCAUCUGCAGCGCCACAGGAAGGGCCACAGCUGCCUGGAGCUCCGGACACGCCGCCCGCGCCGCCCCGCCGGCCCCCACCCCCCCGGGGCCUUCGUCCAGAUCCUGGAGGGCCACGGCGUCCCCGUCCCUCUGCUGCCGGGGGCCCGCGUGCCGUACCCAGAGCUGCUGUGGCGGUCAGUCGCUGCGCCGGCGGGAAAAGCCCCGGAGAAACCCGAAGGAGGCUCGUCUCCACACAGGAGCGCAUCGGUCACACACCGAGCCUGGGACGAGGACGAGGACGAGGACGAGGAGAAGCAGGACGCUGCAGGGGAGGAGGAAGAGUGACCACGCCCACCUGUGUGUGUGUGUGUGUGUGUGUGUGUGUGUGUGUGUGUGUGUGUGUGUGUGUGUGUGUGUGUGUGUGUGUGUGUCAGGUGAAACAAAGAGCACUUCCAUAAUCUUUAGUGCUUCUUAAAGGGAUAGUUCACCCAAAAAUGUAAAUUCUGUCAUUAAUUA